GGCCUCCCAGGGAACACCGCGAACCGCCACGGGAAUCCUUCGCUGCUGAGCACCGAGUCGCCGCCAUGGCCUUGCUCCGAGGUGUGUUUAUUGUGGCUGCUAAGCGAACGCCCUUUGGAGCUUACGGAGGUCUUCUGAAAGAUUUCACAGCUACUGACCUGGCUGAAUUUGCUGCCAAAGCUGCCUUGUCUGCUGGCAAAGUCUCACCUGAAACUGUUGACAGCGUCAUUGUAGGCAAUGUCGCGCAGACUUCUUCAGAUGCUAUCUACUUGGCAAGGCAUGUUGGUUUACGAGUAGGCGUCCCGAAAGAGACCCCGGCUCUCACUGUUAAUAGGCUCUGUGGCUCUGGUUUCCAGUCCAUUGUGAAUGGAUGUCAGGAUAUUUGUGUUAAAGACGCUGAAGUCGUCUUGUGUGGAGGGACCGAAAACAUGAGCCAGGCUCCCUACUGUGUCAGAAACACGCGUUUUGGAACCAAACUUGGAUCAGAUCUCAAGCUGGAAGAUUCUUUGUGGGUGGCAUUAACAGAUCAGCACGUCAAGCUUCCCAUGGCAAUUACUGCAGAGAAUCUUGCUGCAAAACAUAAAAUAAGCAGAGAAGAGUGUGACAAAUACGCCCUGCAGUCACAGCAGAGGUGGAAAGCUGCUAAUGACGCCGGCUACUUUAAUGAGGAAAUGGUGCCCAUUGAAGUGAAGACAAAGAAAGGAAACCAGACAGUGCAAGUGGAUGAGCACGCACGGCCCCAGACCACACUGGAACAGCUGCAAAAACUCCCUCCAGUGUUCAAGAAAGACGGAACCGUCACUGCAGGAAAUGCGUCGGGAAUAUCUGAUGGUGCUGGAGCUGUUGUCCUAGCUAGUGAAGAUGCUGUUAAAAAACAUAACUUCACUCCCCUGGCAAGAAUUGUGGGCUACUUUGUGUCUGGAUGUGAUCCCUCUAUCAUGGGUAUUGGUCCUGUCCCUGCUAUCAGUGGGGCACUGAAGAAAACCGGGCUGAGUCUCAAGGACAUGGACUUGGUAGAGGUGAAUGAAGCUUUUGCUCCCCAGUACUUGGCUGUUGAGAAGAGUUUGGGUCUUGACCCAAGUAAAACCAACGUGAAUGGAGGAGCCAUUGCUUUGGGUCACCCACUGGGAGGAUCUGGAACAAGAAUCACUGCACACCUGGUUCAUGAAUUGAGGCGCCGAGGUGGGAAAUACGCUGUUGGAUCAGCUUGCAUUGGAGGUGGCCAAGGGAUUGCGGUCAUCAUCCAGAGCACAGCCUGAGGAGACCUAGUGAGCCUGCUGCGACCCACCCUUGCUUUCCUUGGCCAGGCACAGUAGAACAGGUGACCUUCAGAGCACCUGCCACAACUGGCCAUGCCCUGCCACUGCCACCUUGAUCAACUUUGACUGGGUAGGACAAAAGUGCAUUUAUCAUGAAUAAGAGCCCAUGUCAGACAGCAGCAGAUUCUUGAAUGUGCACUAAAUACGGUGUAUGUCGGAACUAAAAUUCAGCAAUAGAGGCCGUAAAAGAAAUUGUAUCCUUGCCAAGUAACUACGACUUUAUUAAGCCUUAAUUUGAUUGUAAGGAAAUGGAAUAAUUAUUGCCUUAACUUCA